CCCAAGAUAAGAGCAUAAAGUAGAAUUUAGUUCAAAAUAUUUUUUUUUUUUUAAAUAAAUUAUUAAUUGAAAUUAAUUAAUAAAAUUAUAAUAAAGAAAAUUAAAAUGUUAAAUAUAUUAGUAUUAGUUUUAUUUUCAAUGAAAGAAAUUAAAGAUGGGUUAGCAGCUGGUACUAGUUUAUUAAGCACUCUAGAUUCUCAUUGUACGGAUUAUAGUGGACGAAUUUAUGAACAUGGAAUGCAUUAUAUGCCAAAGAAUAUGUGCAAUUUGUGCAUUUGUGAUAAUGGGGAACCGAAAGGUUGCAAGAUGGUACUAUGUACUGCGCCAAGUGAAUGUAAAUCUUUUCAACUUGGCAAUAAUUGCUGCGAAUACGUUUGUCUUGAUGAUACUUUGGCUGAAAGGACAACAGAUUUCGGUAUAUGACUAGUAGCAAGUGGCAUAACUGCCACUUUGUCUUUAUCACUCCUGUUUUUCUUAGUAAAUCGUUUAAGGCAACGAAAAAUUCGGGGAAGAGAAAACCGACAAACGACAUCAGAUGAAAGAAGUAUCGUUGGAAGUAUAGGAUAUAUAACCGGUAAUAUGGGUUACAUGGAAGGAAAUAUAAAUGGUAUGGAUUAUACGUAUGGAAAUUCGUCACAUUAUCCCUUAUGGAAACCACCUAGUGGAUAUUUUCCAAGAGGUGAAGCUCCACCUCCUUAUGAAGAAGCAGUAGCAUUGUCACAAGCGGAAGCUUUGAGUGCAGCACAAUGCACGGUCAGCGUAGCAACUACAACACAUCGAUCCUUACCAAUUAGCACACUAAAUGUAGCUGAAGGCGAAAUACAUCAACCACAAAAUCCUCAGCAACAAAAUAUCACGACUAGCACUACAAAUUUAAUUAAUAUUAAUAUCAAUAGUGGAGGAAAUGUUACAACUGUGGCUACAGGCGAAAGUCAUCAACCACCUUACAGUUGCAUAACGCAAUCCUUAAGCCAACAACCACGUUCAACACAAACUCAAUCGACUUGUUCAUCAUCUUCUAGCAGUAUUGGUGAGCCAUCCAACUUACAUUUACAACAACAUCAUCCAAUUCAACGUAAUAACCAGAUAAUGCCUGGAAGUAAUUCGGUUUGUGUUCAAGCAUCAGGACCCCUCCAAGCUGUCGUGCAACCCUCUCAAACAGCAGCUCAUCACAAUUCUACUUUGCAAACCUUGCAACCUUAUACGUCCUAUCAAACCCAAAUUCAGCCAACCGAACCACAAAUUCAACAACAUCAAACGCAACAAAGCUCCAUCAAUACAAUUGCGGCAAGUUCAACUUUAAUUGGAGGAAAUAAUACAUUAGGCCAACAUCAAUCAGUACAACCGGUACCACAGCAUCAAAUUGCUCAAAUUCAAACAAUUGAAUGUUCUUACAAAAACUGUACAUUAAAUAAUGCGUCUUCAACGUCUUCAACAUCGAAAAUUUUAAGUUCUUCAAAGUCACAUCGAAUAACUGCCCCCGAUAAUAUUAGUCAAUAUAACGCUGCUGUGGCAGCAGCUGCAGCAGCUACCGAAGCUUCUUCACAAGUAACUGGUGGAGCAAGCAAUAACACCACCAAUUCGAAUCAAAAUAAAUAUACAACAAUUUUGCCGCCACCAUUGUUCGAUGAAGGGGCUACUACAAAUAAUUUAAAUAUAGAUCAACAACAAAAUUUAAUUGCUAAUGAUAGCAAUGGAGUUUGCAACGCAAAUAAUGUAUCAUCUGGAGCCAAUUUAAAAACUCCGUCAUCUUCGAGACGCUAUCAUCGUACCAUACCGCGCCAUUUGACUGCUAUAGAUCCCUUAAUCUCAGCCGUUAAUAUAUCUGGAUCGGGGACUCUUCCAGCAGGAUCGACAACAUCGGGUAUUAAAUAUGCUUCAGAAAACGGAAGCAACAUUCAAGUUUCAAAAAAUGUUUUAAAUUCAACAUCGAAUACAACAGGUUCUUCUAAUUCAGAGAAAAAUUUAUCAUCAAACAAUAAGAAGCCUACAUGUCAGUGCCCAGUUCAACAUGUUCCAAUGUCUUAUAUGGGAACCAAUCACAUUUCUAAUCAUGCUCAGAACAGUAAUAUAUUCUUAUCAACUAUAACCAAUAAAUUAGCUAGAAACAGUAGCGGUUGUAAUAAUAAUAGCAAUUCUAAUAGUUCAAAUUUUAAAACAAAGUCACCAUGUGGAUCAAAAUCGUUAUCUCAAUCAAAGGAUUCAUUAAAUGAGUCUUCACGUAGUAGCACUUUGAAAAGGUCUGGUCAUUCUUCUAACAGCCAUCAUUCAAGCAACCAUCACGGAAAUUCAAAUAGUUCGGGCUGCUCACCAUCAACUCCAAGUAAUACGAAGAUCUCAACAAUUUCGAAACAUGUAGGAGAGAUACAUUCAUCUGCUAAUAAUCAAGUAAUGUUGAAGGCAACCCCAGUUUUGAAGCAAAAGCACAGUCCAGGAAACAGUAUACAGCACCAACAAAUUUCGCAUAAUUCGUCAGUUAAUAUUUUACGAAAUGGUGAUGGUGGUGAUUUAUAUAAUUCGUCUUCAUUUCCAAUCCAGUUAAUGGAAUCGCUUUCCAAAAUAUCAACAGAAAGCAAUCCAGUUUUACCACCGAAAAUGUAUAAAACGUCCCAAUCAAAUUGCUCAAAAUCGCAACAUGUUUAUACAGCUGUUUCAAAAAUUCACACUAUUUCAAAACCAAAUGACAACAGCAUUAUAACAAGUGCUCAUAAUCAUCAUCAUUCUCAUCAUUAUCAUUCUGGACCACAACGAAGUUCUUCAACGUCACGUUGUACUGCCAAUGGACUUUUGGCAAGUUCAAAUUCUUCAAAUUCUUAUACCAAAUCAUUAUCUCGUAAAGAUAAUGAAUUAAAAUCGAUUACUCCUGCUUUAACUUUACCCGCAUCAAAUUGUAUAAUCAAUUUAAAUAAUGAAAAUAAAAGUCAAAGUUUAGGUAAAAUAAACUCGUCAACAUUCUAUCCAAUGCAAAACAGUCAUGUAACAUAUACAUUACCUAAACAUCAUCCAAAUGGUAAACAAUCUUUAAAUAGCACAAUAGCUAGUGUUGUCAGUAAAGUACCAUCAGUCAUAAGUAUCCCUUCGACCUCAAUGAUAGCAUUAGAGAAUGCAACCUUAUCGCUAGUUGCGGCUGCUGCUAAUAUAAGUGAAAGAGAAAUGUCAUCAUCAAAAGCAGAACACAUACAACCCACCAGUGAUUGUAAACGCUCAACGUUGCCAAAGGUUAUUAAAAACCAACAACAACAUCAUAAUGAUAAAACUCCCACCCAUUCAGAUUUUAAAAAUAAUGAAAAUGAUAAACCAUUACCAGUUUGUACAACUUCAAAAAACUGCUCAAAUCCCAAAGAACAUUUUUUGCCGAAUGAUACUAGUUUAGAUGAUGAUUAUUUAAGUGAAUGUGAAAAUUGUAAAACUGCACACAGUUCGAAAUAUUAUUUAAAUGACGAAGAAACUGAAGAGCCACCUCAGGAAACAAUGACAUUACAACGCAAUAAAGAUCAAGAUAAAGAAGAUGAACAGGCUUACUAUAGAACUUCGUUAACUUUACCAACAAAUACUAAAAAAACAACAAAUAUAAAAAACAAUCGGGAAACAUGGUUUUCAUCAAUACCAGCUAGCUCAUCAUCAGAUGAAGAAAUAAACGAAUGAGAUUUAUCUCAUCUUCUUUAAGGAAGAUGAACUAUUUCUAAAAUGUGCAUUCAACUCAAGCUACAAACAAAAUUAUAAGUAAAAUUAAUUAAAAAGAAAAAAAAAAGAAAAAACGAAAAAAAAAAUUAUUUUUAAAUAAAAUAUUUAGGAAAAAUUUUAUUGAAAUUACUCGGUAAGUAUAUAAAAUUGAAUUCCAAAAAAAAAAAGUCGUACCUUAAAAAUAAAAAAAAAAUAAAAGGAAAUAACAAAUUUAUUAAAAUUUAAUUAGGAAAACAUUAUAAGUAAAAGAUAAAUUUUUUAUCUGUGUUAAAAUUAAAAACAAAAAUAAAAGAAGAAAUAACAUGCUCUCACAAAAUCAUUAAUUCAAAGAAAAAAACAAAUAUUUAAUAAUAUUAAAGAUUUCAUUUUUUCAUAAAAUUAAUGCAAUCCUUGGUCCAAAUUAGAGACAUUGAAAAUAUAAAUAGAAAAUUAUUAAAAGUAAAUUAAAACAAAACAAAAAAAAAAUAAAAAAAAAAAAUAAAGAUGGUAUAAAUGUUGAAUUUCAUGUUUCAUAAGUGUAAUAAAUAGGAAUAAUGCAAAAACGAUAAACAAAAAAAAAAAAUUUAAAAAAAAAUCAUAUUAUUACCUACGAUAUUCCAAAAAUCCUUACCAAAUCAAACCUUUUGCAUUUAUAUAUUUUAAAUUUUCAAUAAAAUAUACAUAGUUUCGUAUAUGUUUGAUAUUAUUAAAUAAUUACAACAGUGUUCAAAACAAUUUUCACAAUCAUUUUAUUAUAUUAAAGUUCUAAAAUAGUUUAAUAAAAAAAAAAAACAUUUCUAUAAUUUUCUCAAUUAAAUAAAAUAAUUUUCAAUUUGAUAAAAAUUACAUUUGUCAUAAUUUGUAAAAUAUUGAUGGAAUAUUUUGCUAAUGAGAAUAGAAGUUCAGCUAAAACAAAAUAUGUAUGUAAUUUUAAAAUACAUAAGCAUACUCACAUAUUUAAAAUAAAGACUCACAAAAAAACGUCACUUCAAUUAUUUUUAAAGGAGGGUACCAUUUUAAAACAACUCAAUUCUAUAAUUAAUUACUUAUUCGGAAAAUUUACUUGAAAUAUUAUACAAAUUUUUAAAAUUGAUAAAAUAUAUUUCAAUAUAUUUAAAUAACGCAAUUACAACCAUUUGAAGUGAAAAAUUUUUAAAAUAUAAAGAAAACAAUCAUAAAAAUGAGCUCAAAAACUAUUUCUGAUAAACAUAAAUUCCCCAAUUUAUUUGCCCAACCGAUUUUUUGAAAUUAAAUUUGAAAUAUCUUUAAUUAGUAACAAAAAAUGUAUUUUAAUGUAAAUUUCAUUAGUUUAACA